GCUCUGCUAAGAGGCACGGUUGAAGUAAUGGCGGCAGAUACGAUUGUGAAUUUCUCAGUGCUCUUUAAACUUUUUGAUGAAGAGGUCUUGCGAGAAAAGCAAGUACAGUUGAUGAAAUUUGCAACAGAAAUUGCAAAUGGUUACAUUUGGCAAAAAGAUAAGUUUGGUUUACAACUUGAAAUUUCGCCUUCGAAGUCAGAAUACUGUUUAAAUGGCUCUGUUAACUGUGGUGAUAAUAUCCAAGAUGAAUGGUUCAUUGUAUACAUCCUGUUUCAAAUCUCAAAUAGUGAUCACAGUCUUAUGAUAAGUAUUACAGAUGACGAUGGGCAGUUUCUUCUCAUUGAAGCAGCUGAUUACCUUCCAAACUGGCUGAAUCCUGACACAUCCGAGAAUAGGGUUUACAUCCACAAAGGUCAAUUACAUGUGAUUCCUUUCCCAUCAAACCCUGCAGAAGUUACCAUGUUUCCUACUGGGAAACCCUCCAUUCAAGAAGCUAUUCGGAUAAUUUUUGGUGAUCAUGGCAUAGAAGUUAACUCUAGGAUUCAGAACUCCAUUGAUGCUAAAAUUAACAGGUUUGAUAAUGGAUUUUCUCACUUACUUCACAAUGCCCAUUGUCUCUUGCCACCAAAUUUGGCGUGUAUUCUUAAAAAGGACCCUUCUGUGGCAAACAGGAUAUCGGAUAUGCUUGAGCAGUAUGUAACUGCAAAUUUCGGUAAACGGAGGAAAAGCGUUGGCAAGUUUGAAUUCAAAGACUGGAUUAUAUCAAGGGUUUGCUUCACAAAAUAUACAUAUGCGAAGCUGCUGCAUACAAAUAUAGAAAACAAAGGAUUUGUAGCAGAAAUGCAAAGUGGCAGGAAAGGUGCUUCACAUAAAGCAUGUGACCUGGGGUCGAAACUUGCCUUUGGAUUCGAGUUGUUACGUAAAGAAAUCAAUAAAACAGAGGUGCCCAAUCAGGACAUUUGUCAAGCCGAAGAAAAAUGGUUGAAAUAUGAAACAUCUUUGAAAAACCUUGGAUAUUUUAAGGGCGAAAUCGAGGGAUCUACGAGAUGGCGACAGCUCUUUCGUGAAGCCAAAGACUAUUUUUAUGCGACGUUGCCAGAUGACGAUCAAAAGAAUGUCUGGCAAAGCAGAAACUUGCGAAAAUUAUUGGAAGACUCAAAAAAAGAAGUUUAUAGCGAGGAAGAGACUUUGCCUGAAGACGAUGAUUCUUGGCUCGAGUUGUCUUUAGAUGAUGUUGACAAACUGUUACGGGGAUAUCAUCAAGCAACAACAAGCGAGGACCUCAAUACAAAACUGGACGAUGUUGCCCAAAACAUGCGAAGGUUUGUUGGCAAGAUGUCUGAUUACGAGGGCGUUGAGACAGCCGAGGACAACGUUGACUUCGACCCAUCCUCAAUCAUCGAAGAACUCAAGAAGAUAAUGGAUGGAAAAACAGAGAACAACAGAGAUGAGGGAGAUGAUUUUUAUGAAAGUGACUCAGACCAGUAUUAUUCUGAUGAUGAAAAUGGCAUUGAUGAUGACGAAAUAGCUCAAAUUGGUUCGUCGAUGCAACAAGAGCUGCGAAAUACAACAUUAGCGAAAAGCUUUCAAUCCAAAUCCCAGACCGAUGGCAAUGGACCUAUCGAAGACCAGUCACUGGACAUUGAUUUCAAUUUAGUGAAAAACUUUUUAGAAUCUGUUUCAGCGCAGGACAGUUCUGUUGGCCCUGUAUCAAAUCUGUUGUCAUCACUAGGAAUUUCGCUACCCUCUGAUGACACUGUGUCAGGCCAAUAUGAAGAGUAGAAUUUUCUAUGAGUUUUUUAGUAAAAGAA